GGGCGGAGCGAGUCGUUGAGGGCGCGCCGGACGCUCGGCGUCCUCGGGAGCUCUUGGGGUGUCUAGAGGGCGGUUCUCCACCCUCCUGGGCCUUCCCGGCGGGUAUCUGUCUUCGUGAAGAGGCUCACGGGCGACUGCGGACGAUGCUGUGGUCUCUGCUCCUCUGUGAGUGUCUGUGGCUGGUAACCGGUGACGCGCACAGUGAUGACUGGGUUGACCCCACAGACAUGCUUAACUAUGACGCUGCCUCCGGAACGAUGAGGAAGCCUCAGGUGAACUAUGGUGUGUCAGAGAAAAAAGAGGUCAGUCCUGACUUGUACACUCAAGAAUUGUCGGAAUGUUACAGCAGGCUGGAUUCUUUAACUCAUAAGAUCAAUGAAUGUGAAAGCAAAAAGAAGAAAGACUAUGAAAGUGAAAGAAAUCCUGUUUUUGGGAGAUACUUAAACAAGAUUUUAAUUGAAGCCAGAAAGCUUGGACUUCCUGAUGAAAACAAAGGAGAUGUGCAUUAUGAUGCUGAGAUUAUUCUUAAAAGACAAACCUUGAUAGAAAUACAGAAGUUUCUCGAUGGAGAAAACUGGAAUCCAGGUGCCUUGGAUGAAGCACUAAGUGAUAUUUUAAUUAAUUUUAAGUUUCAUGAUUUUGAAAAGUGGCAGUGGCGAUUUGAAGAUUCCUUCGGCGUGGAUCCAUAUGACGUGUUCAUGGUGCUCCUGUGUCUGCUCUGCACCGUGCUGCUGGUGGCGACCGAGCUGUGGACGUACGUCCGCUGGUACACCCAGCUGAGGCGUUUUCUGUUCGUCAGUUUUCUCAUCAGUUUGGCAUGGAAUUGGAUGUAUUUAUACAAGAUGGCGUUCGCACAGCACCAGGCUGAAGUCGCCAAGAUGGAGCCGCUAAACAACGUGUGCGCCGAGAAGAUGGACUGGUCUGAGAGUCUCUGGGAAUGGCUUAGAAGUUCAUGGACCUACAAGGAUGACCCAUGCCAGAAGUACUAUGAGCUCUUAUUAGUCAACCCCAUUUUAUUGGUUCCACCAACAAAGGCAUUGGCAGUUACGUUCACCAACUUUGUCACGGAGCCGCUGAAGCACAUUGGACAAGGAAUUGGUGAAUUCAUUAAAGCACUCAUGAAGGAGACGCCUGUGCUCUAUCAGAUCCCCUUGCUCGCCAUUGUGGCCAUAGGCGUCCUGAGUUUCUGCUAUGGUGCUGGGAACUCAAUUUUUUUGCUGGGACCUUUUGGUGGUCGAAGAAGAGAGCCGCCCCUGGCCCUUCAGCCAGAUGACCAGCGCCAGCAGCAGAGAAUUGAUUAUAGACCCAAUGGUGGAGCAGGUGAUGCAGACUUUUACUAUAGGGGCCCAAUCGGCCCCGUUGAGCAAGGCCCUUAUGACAGAACGAAUGAGGGUAGAAGACAUGUUUUGAGAGAGAGAGAUGUUGGCUUGAGAAUUCAGACUGGCCACAGGAGCCCCGAAGUGCUCCGGGCAGGUGACUUUCCAGACACAGAGACGCGAGAGCAUCCCGAGGUGGUGUCCAGUCCCAGAGAGACUGGCGGAGACGGAGGAGAAGGCUCUCCCACCGAGAGCAGCACGGCAGGCAGCCGGCCGCCUGAGCCUGUCACCAGCCAGGAGCCCUCAGGGAGUGUGGACUGUUCACCAGCAGCGGGGAAGGCCCAGCUCAGGACUGAUGCCAAAGGCAGCCCCGAGGCCGGCAGCGCUGCCGGCCCGGCCUUGGGAGCCGGUGGAAAGGACCCGCCCAGGGGCACAUGUGCGUAGAGGAGCGCGGGCUCGGACCGUGGCGCGGAGGCCGUCUUUCUGCACUGCGGUUCUGUGGCGUAAACUCUCAACUAUUCACUGCAGAUAUUCUGAUACUUACUGCAACAUUGCCAACGUAAACGUGAAUAUUUUUACUGACAGAAUUAGCAAACAUGUAUUUGAUUUGUUUAACUUCUUUCAUCUGUUUGAUUUUCUGUUUGAUGGUGAGAUAACAUCCCGUAAAACUUUGAAGUAUGAGUUUUGGAACAGGAUCUCAUAAAUGAACAUAAGCAAGCAUCACUAAUCUGAAUAAUUAAAGCCAUGUGGCACUAGGGUCUUUGAAAAAGUAAUUGUAUGUUUACACGUCUGGGACCCAGGUCACCCCGAGAGAGUGUGGUUGAGGGGACGUCCUGUGGCAGCUACUUUAGUUGAGAGAAUCUGCCAGUUGUGCAUUGCGUUGCAAAAGUGGCAGGUACUCUCAAACCAUUUGGAAGGGGAGUCCACUGCAGCCACGUUGACUCUCCGUGUCCUUCAGCACCUUUAGAGCCGUGGAGUCUGCGUUGGCAGCACUCCCGUCUCUGCAGGCUGCUCACAGAGGGUGGUGGCCUUGCAGGGUCAUCGUACGGGCUUUUCUCAGCUCCCAGCCGUUACUGGGGCUGCUUCCUUAUCACCCCUUUACAUUUUCCUCUGCUGACACAGACUGAAAGUUGCCAGGGGACUUCAGGUGGUGCAGCGUGUUAAGUUGGUAGCCCCAGUAUUCCGUAGUGAGCGGACCCUGAGAGGGACUUUGGUUUGCCCCACCAGGUGAAGUGCACCGGCUUUGUAAGACCCGUUUUCCUGGCCGCUCAGAAUCCCACCAGCUGAGACUGUUAGAAACCACAGCACCUUACGUGAGAGCAGAGCGUGGUGGUCGGGCCCCAGCAAGUGCGCGGUUCUGGCGCUGUGGACACAGAGCAGCCGCUGUGCUGGGGAGGACAGAGCAGGGCGCCUCCCUCACCUGUGGACGGCCGAUCCGCUCGGCACUUCAACUUUGUUACUCUGAUUUUUUAAACUAUUCCUCAUUUUAAACUUAAAAAAUUUGUCCCGUCCCUACCAGAAAGCAAAUUUCACAUACAUUUAUUUAGGUGUCCUCUGUUUUAAUGUUCACACUAAAAGUAAUGUUCAGCUGCUGACAGAUAGGAAUAGUCUUAAAAUCUUCCCUUAGGUAUUUGUUUCAGAAAACUCUUAUUCAAAGCAUUUGCUUUCUGAAGUUUUUUCUAAUGUUAUUUUUCAAUUACAGUUGUCACUUGGUAUUUUCUUUUAGAUAAAGGUGGACAGCAUAGUGGUUAGACAGUCAUACACUUUAUGAAGUGGUCCCUCCCGUACUUCCAGUGCCCACCUGGCGCUGCACGUACAUAUUACGCUAUUACUGACCUGUAUUUCUUAUGCUCUAUUUCUGGGGGUUUUUCACAUGAGAUGUAGAAAUCUUUUUUGCUCCUUGAAGCAUCACUUAGAUGCCUUUAACACUUUAGUUUUAUGUGUUAAUAUUGCAAAUAUCUUUAGUAUUUCCUCAGAGAGGUGGUCAUUUUUUCCAAGAAAUGGAAAAAGAAUUGUGUAUACAAAUUUGUAACACUGGGCACCUAACAAAUGAACUAGUGACCAUAUGCCUGCAGUCUGGAAUAGAUCUCCGAGCAUCGAUGCACAUAACCUAGCCCUCUGGGGGCUGGACCUCUUCACCGACAGGCGACAUGCGCCCCAGGUGGUGGUGUCCUCUGGGCUGGGGUCCAGUUCCGAAGAGGAAGGAGGACCUCAGGUGGCUGAGCCCAACCGUGAGAGUGGACAUAAUGCGUUCUGCACGCCUGACUGCUGUUUGUCAACCCCAAAAUGAAUCUUUGAUGAAAACUUUUAAGUAGAAUUUCAUCUUUGUAUUCUUGGCAUUUCAUGCCUGCUGUUGAGUGAUGCCAGGAAUUUAGGGAAGUCCUAUUAGAGCAAGGCAGACAUAUCAAGGCCAGAUUAUAACUAGAAGACAGGCUUGGUUUUCCAGCCAAUGUUUGUCACUAAAAUCAAGGAUUGCAGUGAUAAGCUCUUAGGGAGAGCAGAAUAGCAUAGGCAGCUUGUAAAAGCGAUCUUAAAAUGGAG